CAGUUGCAAGUCAGGAACUAUCGCGGCCGCGUGGCGCCCGUCCGUGUCGCACGGCCCGCCAGUCUUGCCGAUUUUCAGCGCGACGAUCGACGGAUCGACGGAUCGAGGACCGUGUCGAACAGACCCGGUGAAACGGUGGUCGCAAGUGAGGAUUGCGGGAUUUCGCGCGAGUUUCACGUGUCAGCGCGCGACACCCCCGAUGUCAGCCCGCGGCGCGACACGUUUCGGCUCGCGCUAGUAGAGUUUGGAUGAGUAGCCGCGCGGAAACGGAAGCGCCGCGGUACCGGUAACUCGACGGCGCGGUGGUAUUCAUGUAGGGGGAAGAAACGUGACUCUCUCGCGCGCGCGGUACACACAUUCAGUGACGCACGGGAUUUUCCCCGCGACGAAAAUGGAUAAAGACUUCCGCCUGGAGUACGGAAAAAUGCAAUGUGCUUUGCUUCACCUGCUGCUGAUAGUGGGGGGUGCAACAGGUUUGAAAGAUCUGACGAUAAACGUACCGGCCAUGGUGAGAUCGGGCGAUACCGUGACGCUGUCGUGCCACUACGACCUAGAGGGCUCAUCACUGUACACGAUACAAUGGUUUCUCGAUAAUAAUGAAUUUUAUCGCUACGUGUUCGACCGCGUGCCACCUGCCAGCAGUUUCAACGUGUCUGGUAUACAAGUCAACAUCUCUAAAUCGAACACGCACGACGUGACACUGGUGGACGUGUCCAGGAAGCUGACCGGAUGGUACAAGUGCGAAGUAUCCGCCAGCAGCCCUUCCUAUCACACUAUGAUCCAAAGCGCUAGAAUGGAAGUAGCCGACGCCCCAAAAACGGAUCCUACGAUUCGCACGGAGAAGGAGCGCAUAGCAGUGGGCGAGACGCUGCGAGUGAACUGCACCACGGGCAACUCCCGACCCGCCUCCAACGUUACGUGGAAGCUCAACGGGGAUUUCAUCGGAGAGAGUACUGGACAGUUCAUCAUGCAUUAUCACAAAACUUCUCAUCCGGACGAGUCGAAGACUACGAAAUCGCUGGUGGAGUUCAGAGUGACGAAGGAUAUGUUCCGAAACGGACGUUUACGUCUACGCUGCACGGCCUUCAUCCAAGACGUUUAUAGGAAAUCUGCAGAUAUCGAUAUCACCGAGGACGUGCCGCGUAUCGCGUCAAUCACCUUCGAGUCGCCAUACGAUCACCGAGCAAACGGAUGCACCGGACAGAACUGGCCCUGGAAUGGUAAUCGCGGCGCGGCGAUAAUAAUGGCUACCGUAGUGGCCACCCUGUUCCUGAUGAUGACAUCGCUGACGAUGACGGUACCCCCGAUAACGAAUGUACUGGCGAGGAGCGAGCCGGCGGCUAGCAGGUAGCUCGCGAGCAUCCUCCAUGAAGAUAUCGCUGCCACUGUCUGAUCCGAUUACAUCGUCCAUGUAAAACCUAGUAGUCUAGGGCUUCCAGUUAUGUAUGUUACUAUGUAUAGAAUAGAUAGUCGAAUGAGACGAAAUGAUUUUUAUUCGAGGAGCCUACGAGAAAUAACCGAGGAGAGAUCGGCGAGACGCUAGCGGAUCGACGCGGGGAGGGCGCGCGACUACUCGCGGGCAGUUACUUUUCAAACAUGUUGUCUUUUCAUGUAAAUUGUUGAUCGAGAUUAAGCGACAUAAGGGGAGAGACAGAGAGAAAGAGAGAAAAAGGAAAAACAGGGACAAAACACUGCCAGAGAGCGAUCGUCUCGUCCGCGUUUCGAGAAGAUAAGACGGGAAUGAUGGAUGCUUAACCCCAAAGAGUGGGCGCGCGUAGGUGACACACGUGCGUGUCACGUGUCAACCUGCCUGCCUGCCUUCUCUUCUUCUUCAUCUUCGAUAUCUGACGGCGAAAUUCGCGAUUUCGGAACGAUCCCCCGCGAACUAGCGUCGCGCGCUGUCAUGCUCGACGAACGACACGGAAGUACAGCAGGCGCGCGCAGAAUUCUCGAUGAAAAAAGGAAAAGUUUCCUGAGCAUCAUUCCGUUUCGACAGGGUUACGAGACGACACACGUGGUGCGGCCACGCGCGCGCGCGCUCAUGUUCCUUCUCGAGACGCGACGAAACAAAAGUUCGGGGCAAAGAGGUAAACAUGAAAUGAGCCGAGGAGUCGUAAAUUAUAGAGGUUAGAGGGCUGGCAGAUGUUCCGAUCGAGCGAAGGAUCAGAGAGGAAACGAUGAUUGGGGGUUCGACUUCCGUUACCACUUUGAUUUGUAUCCACCGAUGGCGUGGCACAUCGGGUGCUAUAAGCGCGAUACUUACUAGUGAUCGGAGUGUUCAUCGAGAGUGUCAAAUAUAGAUAAUACAGGGGUAACUAUGAUAAUUGAUAUAAUAACGUUAGCGCAGUGACGAGCGGCGUUCUGCUCAAUAUUCGCUCCUUUUAUGAUGUCUAACAGAAAACGCAUCAAGAUAGGUACCGAAUUUGUAAUCUGUACAAAUUAUAAUAAACUAUGAUAUACGAACUGUA